AUGAGGGUACAUCGCGGGAUCUGCGCUAAGCUGCAGGGCGGCUUCCUCCGACGAUGGUGGGCGGCGGUGGCGAUCGGAGUUCUCCUAAUUAUCCUGGCCGCCGCUCUGGCGGUUUUGUUCCCGAAUCUCAUCAACCUGGUCAUCGACAAGGAGCUCACGUUGCGAGAGGGUGGUCGUACGUACACCUUUUGGAAGGCACCACCGGUGGUCCCGCGCUUAGAGGUUUAUAUUUACAACGUGACGAACGCUGACGAGUUCCUGAACAACGGCGAGAAACCGGCGCUACAGGAACUGGGCCCGUACGUCUAUCUACAGCGCUGGGAGAAGACGGACAUUCAAUUCAACGAGAAUGGAACGGUCACCUAUAAAGUCAAGAAGUCAUUCGAGUUUAAUGAGACUUUGUCUGUCGGCUCCGAGGAUGAUUUGGUUGUCGUACCGAACGUGCCCAUGCUAUCGGCGACCAGCCAAUCGAAGCACGCUGCCCGCUUCUUACGACUGGCGAUGGCGUCCAUCAUGGAUAUUCUGAAGAUCAAGCCGUUCGUCGAGGUGUCGGUUGGUCAACUGCUUUGGGGUUACGAUGAUCCGCUGCUGAAGUUGGCCAAGGACGUCGUGCCCAAGGACCAGAGAUUGCCGUACGAUCAGUUCGGUCUGCUGUACGGCAAGAACUCCACCAUGCCGGAUCUGUAUACAAUAUUCACGGGCGCCAACGACAUCACCAAGUUUGGCAUAAUGGACAGGUGGAACGGCAAAGACAUGCUCGGCCACUGGACCACGUCGGAGUGCGACUCCAUCGCGGCCACCGACGGCAGCAUCUUCCCACCCCACAUCACGAGGGAGACCAAGCUCAAGAUUUUCGAGAAGGAUCUCUGUAGGACGCUGCCGCUGGUUUAUCAGCGUGACGUAGUAGGCGCCGGUGAGAUCCCCGGCUACAGAUUCUCUCCUCCAACGGACGUCUUCACCUCGGUGGAGAACAAGGCCUCGCAGCAGUGUUACUGCCCGGCUGGACCGCCUUGUGCACCGGAAGGCACGUUUAACGUGUCACUGUGCCAAUUCGACUCGCCGGUACUUUUGAGCUUCCCGCACUUCUAUCUUGCCGAUCAGGCCUUACGAAACGCCGUGACAGGAAUCUCGCCGCCAGAUGCCGAAAAGCAUCAGCUUUACGUCGACGUGCAGCCGAUGAUGGGCACGGCCAUGAGAGCACGGGCGAGGAUGCAGAUAAAUCUCGCGGUUAGCCAAGUACGAGAUAUCAAGCAGGUCGCUUCGUUCCCCGACAUCGUCUUCCCGAUUAUGUGGUUCGAGGAUUGCGUUGACGAGCUUCCUCCAGAGAUGCGCUCCCUGAUGAAGCUGGCGGUAGAAGUACCGCCAGUGGCACGCGCUGCGGUGUCCGGCGCCCUCGCCGCGAUCGGCGCGAUCGUCUUGCUGGGCGCGCUCAUGUGUCUAGCACGCGCCGCCAAGCGCCAGGAGAAGCUCCACCUCAGCAAUCCGCUGCCGGCGAACGCGAGCACCAAGACCGGUCAGCUGAAUCCAGCCUUCAGCAAGUAGACGGAUCAAUCAGCGGAUCGCGAAUGUGGGAAUCAACAGCGUCCUCAAGAUUUUACAUUGCUGUUUAAUCGUGCGAGACAAUGCGGACAAUUAUCGCUGCGAAUACUGACGUAAGGAUUGAAGAUAAAAUUGAUAUUCCGUCCAUGAUGUGUCCCGAGGCCAAGCAUCGUUCGCGAUUUUAAUCCGAAUUGUGCGAGUGCGUUUGCGACGAGAGGGAUUUCUGUAAUAGAGUGACGCACAUACCGUAAAUACAGCAGAAAUUUUUUUUUCUGUGUACAUAGAACUUGGCCGUCGUUAUCGUCUAUCGAUUGUAAUUAUUAAGAAUGUAUUAUUUCUCGUUAUUCGUUUGUACAUGUAUUAUUAUUUUAAAUAAUAUUAUUAGGUGUAUGUUAUAAUUAGA